GUCACCUGCCAAACACCCUUCCCCAGAGAAACUCCAGUGGUGUCCCGUCCCUAGUUCUCCCUCUCCUACCAACCUCUGGACAGUCAUGGAGACACCAGCCAGAGGCGCAACAGUCAGACCUCUGUCUCUUCAGGACCAAUCUAGCCCAAGGCCCCAGAGGUCAGGCUCAGGUGCCAGAAGCCAGACUCUUCCCAGGGCCAGCUCAGCCACCAGAAGGUCAGAGGAGACCCAGGGGGCCAGAGGAGAACGGGGGGCCCUGGUCAACAUGGAACUUCUUGAGUUGCCUAUCAUUGGCAACACUUGCUUCCUAAACGCCACCCUGCAGUGCCUCCUGGUCCUGCCUUCCUUCUCAAAGGAAAUACUACGCCAGGAACAACUCUGGAGCUCCUCCCCCUUCUCCAACCUGCUCAG